AUGGAGGGCCAGGAGGGCGCGCCCGGCGUAGAGGGGCCCCCCACAGCGGACGCGCCGCCCGCGGCCGACGCCGACGUGCCGGGCCACAGGCGGCCGAUCGACGCGUCCCAGAAGCGCCGCCUCUGGAAGUUCUUCGACGAGAACUACGUGGGCUGGCGCAGCUCGAACCUACCGAGGGAGGGCGUCGACGAGAAGCUCGACAAGUUCAUCACGGAGAUCGAGCUCGUGCGCACGCAGGUCUCGAGGCAGCUCACCUCGUGGAAGAAGGCGAAGAACCCGGCCGCCGUCGCGCUCACGCUCGACGCGUCGCGCGAGGACCUCAAGCAGCGCAUCGCCGCGCGCAUCGGCUGCCUGCGGGACCUCACAGCAGCCGCCCUCGCCGACGCGAAGUCGAUGCUCAAGGACGUGACGGCGGCGGCCGACGUCGUCGAUCGACUGCUGAAAGAUGACGAGCCGGUCCAGGGCGCGGCGGACUUCGGGGACCGCUUCUUCGAGGACCUCAUCGACGCCUUGGCAAUGACCUCCUCGAAAUCUGCGGGCGGCGGCAUGGCGGCGUCGAAGGCGUUCUUCGAGCAACGGUUGACGAUCAUCGACGAGCAGCAGACGCUCUGGAACCAGAUGCACUCCGUCACGGACCAGCUCUCGCGGGAGGAGAAGCUGACUAUUACCAGGGCCUUUGUCGCCUUCGAGAUGGCCGCCUUCGACGGGUUCAAGGAGGCGAUCGCCGACGUGGACCUCCCAGACCUCGUCGUCGAAACGGUGGGCCCCGUGCACCUCAAAGACGCGCGCGCGCCCUUGGUCUACUACCUCGCCGGGUGGCUCCUCUUCACGCUCUUCCGCCUCAAGUCCGAGGACCCCUUCUACGCCAUGUACGUCAGCCACAACAACAUCUCGAGGGGCGAGGCCGAGGAGGCCAAAAUGCCCCUGGGCAUCACCCUUAGGCGGCCCGCAACUAAGGGGGUCUUCCUGGCCUCGCCGCCCCUCUUCGACUUCGUCUGGGCCGUCGAGGCCACCUACGCGAAGCUCCUCACGACCGCCAACCUCGUCGCCUACGAGGGGGCCCUUGUCACGAAAGUGAACAAGCUCCUCUCGAAGGACCCGGCCGUCGCGCAGUGCUUCCGUGCUACCAUCACGGACGACAUGAAGGCCGCCAUCGCCACGUCCAGCGCGGAGCCGCCCGUCGCCGAGGUGAUGCAGCGCCUGCUCGACAAGUACGCGCGGAUGCGCGGCCGGGACCUCGUCGGCAAGCUUAUGUCGAAUCUUCGGUCCGCAGCCUUCGCUGCCAACACGCACCUAUAUCAUAGUAAAAUAAUUAUCUAA